UUUCUAUGAUCCAAGCAACAAACGAUGGUGCCCGGACCAGGGGUAGGAAGGUGGUGAGAGGGGUCUGGAUUCCUGACAUGUUUUGAGGGCAGACCCAUCAGGAUUUGCCAAUGGCUUGAAUGAAGAAUGAAAGAACAAGAGCAGUCUAAGGUGCUGGUGAGGUGUUGGCUGCAGUCCCAGGAAGCCAAAUUUGCCAUUUACUGAAAGGGGGAAGGCUGUGGGCAGGACAUGCUGGGUGAGGGGAGAAGAUGAAGAACUCCCUUCGGACAUGUUGAGUUUGACAUGUCUGUUAGACACCUGGAUAGAGAGGCAAGUGAGCAGUGGUCUCUAGAAGUCUAGAGUCGGGUGUGUCCAGGCUGGAGAUAGAGAUCUGGGAGUCAUUGUUGUCUAGGGUUAUUUAAAGCCAUGAGACCAGAUGGGAGCAUCAGGAGCGUGAGUGCAGACAGAGAAGAAAAGAGGUUCAGAGACUGAGCCCUGGCAUCUCUCAGUGUUACAAGGUCAAGGGGAGAGGAUGGAAUCAGUAGAGGAAUUGAAGGAGCUGGCCGGUGAAGUAGGGGCUGGGGGGCUGGGCAGGCCAUGCCAUCCUAGAGGCUGAGAGCUGUUUCCACAAGGGAGUGACCAGCUGGGUCAAAUGCUGCCGCUGUGUCACAUAGUCAAAUAAGAUGAGAACUGUGAUGUUACCCCUGGAUUUAGCAACAUGUUGGACGUUGCCAUCUUGACAGCAACAGCUCAGAGGCUGGUUAGCCCAGAAUGGGCCCUCUGAGCAUUUCAGGACCUUCCCUGUGGAUUAAGUGGGAUGAUCUGUGCAUUCAUGCCUUGCAUGUAGGAGGCGUGCCCUGAAUGCCUGGGCUUCUGGUGGGCUCGGGGGUGAGGGUCCCAGCAAUGGCACAGAGGACAGGGCCAGCUUUGGAGGGUCUGAAUAGAAGCCAGACCUGCAGGGGCUCUGAGCCCCUGGAGGAGUCCUGCCAGGCCAUUCAUUCGCACCAUCUCUCUAGACCCUGCUCUCCUCUCAGCAGAUGAGCCCACCUCCCCCAAGAAGCCGAAGAGCAUCUCUGAGCCACAGCACAGUGAUUUGGAAGGAGACACCGCCUCUCCCCUGCCCUCCGAGUGGACCUCGGUGAGGAUCAGCCCUGGGGAGGAUGCAGCUGGACAGGAUGUGCUGGCUGUGCGUGUCCUGGUCACCAGCGAGGACAGCAGCUCUGACACAGAGUCUGACUGUGGUGGCUGCGAGCCCUCCCGCCCAGAGCCCUGUGAAGAGAAACCCUGGUCAGCACCCUUGUCUCUACCGCACGCCUCCCUGAGGAGGGCCCUGAGCAGGGCGGUCUCUCCACAGUGCCCUGAGGAGCCCAGAGCUGUGCACGCAGCUCUGCAACGGGCCAAUAGCUUCCAGUCUCCAACCCCAAGCAAAUACCAGAACUGGAGGAGAGAAUUCCGGUCAAGUUUGAUGCCAGUGAACAAAAGAACUAUGUCACCUCCAAAGGACCUUUCUCCUUCUCCUCCUCUUCCUUCACUGCCUUCUCAUUCAUCUUCCCCACCACCUUCUGCAACCAGUGUUUCAGGGGAUGGUUCCUCCCUGCCCCAGCUGACAGCUUCUGAGCCCCUCUCACAGGUCUCAAGAGGUCAUCCAAGUCCUCCCACUCCAACCUUUUGGAGGCGAGCCAUAGCCCAAGGAGCACCCAGGGAAAUUCCCCUGUAUCUGCCUCAUCACCCAGAGCCAGAGUGGGCAGAGUACUGCUUGGGGAGCCCUGGUGAAGAUGGCAUCUCAGGCCCUGCAGAGAUGAUUUCUGAUGAGUGCCAGCCAGCAGAGGCCCCUCUUGGGGACAUCAGAAGCAAGCACAGAGACCCACACCCCAUCUGGGGGAAGGACAGGUGCUUGCCAGGCCAAGAGCUGUCUCCCUUGGCUGGAGAAGACCAGGAAAAAGGGAAUACUGGAACCAGGAAGGAAGAGGAGAGAGGACCAGUGCUGGCAAAGGAGAAGCCAGGCCUAAAGAAGUUAGUCCUCACUCAGGAGCAGAAGACCAUGUUGCUGGAUUGGAAUGACUCCAUCCCUGAGAGAGUGCACCUCAAAGCUGGGGAGCGACUUUCCCAGAAGAGUACUGAGAAUAGUAGAGGAGCCCGGGUGCUGAAGCCAGUUCGCCCCUUGCUGCUCCCUGGGGUGACAAGAGAACCUCUGCCAACCCAGAGAGGGGCUCAGGAGGAGACAGGGACCCCCGCGGAACAAGCUCGAGGGGAGCGAAGCGUGCCUCCACCUAGGUCCCCUCUCCGGCUUAUAGCCAAUGCCAUCCGGAGGUCCCUAGAGCCCCUCCUUCCCAACUCUGAAGGUGGGAAGAGGGCCUGGGCCAAGCCAGAAUUCAAAACUUUGCCCACACCCACCUGCACUCGCUCAUUCAGCCUUCGGAAAACCAAUUCCAAUAAAGACAGGGACCAGCAUUCCCCUGGGAGAAACCAGUCCUCAGCCCUUAGCCCUCCUGGCUCUGCCCUCCGCACCCAUAGUUUGCCCAAUCGGCCAUCCAAGAUCUUUCCUGCUCUCAUGUCCCCACCGUGCAGCAAGAUUGAAGAUGUCCCUACACUCCUUGAGAAAGUGAGUUUGCAAGAGACCUUCCCAGAUGCUUCUAGGCCUCCAAAGAAAAGAAUCUCACUUUUUUCCUCCCUCAGACUCAAAGACAAAUCCUUUGAGAGUUUCCUCCAGGAAUCCAGACAAAGGAAGGAUAUCAGGGACCUCUUCAGCAGCCCCAAGAGGAAGGUACCGUCUGAAGACAGUGCACAGGCCCUGGAGAAGCUGCUGCAGCCUUUUAAAAGCACCUCCCUGUGCCAGGCAGCCCCUCCUCCUUCUCCUCCUCCUUCUCCUUCAGCUGGAGGUGCAGACUCCAAGAACUUUCCCUUCAGAGCACAGGUAACAGAGGCUUCCUCUUGUGCCUCUUCUACCACCUCUUCCUCUGCAGAUGAAGAAUUUGAUCCCCAGCUUUCCUUGCGGUUAAAGGAGAAGAAGACACUUAGAAAAAGAAAGAAGCUGGAAAAAGCAAUGAAGCAGUUGGUUAAGCAAGAAGAAUUGAAAAGACUCUAUAAGGCUCAGGCCAUCCAGAGGCAGCUGGAGGAGGUGGAGGAGCGGCAGAGGGCUUCUGAGAUCCAGGGUGUGAGGCUGGAGAAGGCAUUGCGAGGAGAAGCAGCAGAUUCAGGCACACAGGAUGAAGCACAGCUUUUGCAGGAAUGGUUUAAGCUGGUUCUGGAGAAGAAUAAAUUAAUGCGAUAUGAGUCGGAGCUCCUAAUCAUGGCCCAGGAACUAGAAUUAGAAGACCAUCAAAGCAGACUGGAGCAGAAACUGAGAGAGAAAAUGCUCAAGGAGGAGAGCCAGAAAGAUGAGAAGGAUCUAAAUGAAGAGCAAGAAAUAUUCACCGAGCUGAUGCAAGUGAUUACGCAAAGGGACAAACUUGUAAAUUCCUUAGAGGAACAACGUGUCAGAGAAAAAGCAGAGGACCAGCACUUUGAAAGCUUCAUAUUCUCCAGCCGCUGUCAGCUGAGCAGGACUUGAGGAGGCUCAUGAUCCCUCUCCCUGGCUGCAAGCUGGGACCGGAUCAGGCCAAGUGCACCGCAUACCCUCACGGGUCCUUCUGCAGGAUUAAUCAUCGCUGGAACUUAAGUUACACCUUAGUGCAUUUGUUAAAAUUAAAAUUCUCUUGCACGCACAGCACCUUCCCAUGGUCCUUCCAGAUUAUAAUGAAGAGAACCCAAAGACUCUUUGGAAAUUGGCAGUCAGCUUCAGCCAGGCUCUCAGACUGGAGGUGUUGUUGGCAAAUGACCAGCAUUGUUUUCCCUAGAAAGUGACACAAAGACUUGACUUUCCUGUUGCUUUUAUCAUUUUUCUUCCCAAUUCAUUGAGUUACAUACUUUAAGAUUUUUGAGAAGCUGCCUUUCCACUAAUAUAUCCAUAUUUGCCUUUUUUAUAUGGAUGACCGGUUUCCAAAUGUCAGAAAGAAGCAGCCACAGUUUAAAGAUUAGGUUAAUAUUUAAAUUGUGUUUCCAGAGAAAGAGGAGAAACCUUGAGAUUACUGAUUACAUAAAACAAAUAACUCAUAUAGCAGGUGUUAAUUCAAUCCAGGGUGAAUUUAAUUUACCAGGUGCAUUUGUAAGCCUUAAUAUAAUAUACAUAAGCAAUGAGAGCUUAAUGGAACAUUUGAGCCUUUAUUUUAAGAGGAAAGGAAAUAAAACUUUAACUUUAUGCCAGUGGGAUUGUUAGUGUUCACCAAACACUGCUGGCUUAGAAAACCUUUUUGUCCCCAUGCUACUGUUUUUAUGCCCCCCUGGAAAAUAAUAAAAAGCAUUUUCAGAAAAGAAUAAUUUUAAAGUACUUUAAAAUAAGUGUUGAUGAUGGCAAAAAAAAAAAAGGGAACUUAUUUUAUUUGUUGAUAAAAUAUUCAUGAGGUUGGUGCUGCUACUGAAACUGAACAUGCUAGGGUACAAGAGAAGGAACACUUCUUGCUGGUGGUCUUCUUAGACUCGGAGAGGGAAGUAUCUCUCCCUCUCCCCAGGAACUCUACAGAGCAAGGACAAAAUCACUUCUGACUUAGAGGGAGAGCUGAAUGCAGUGACCCUAUAUACCACAUCCCAAACUGGGUCAUGGAUUUUUUUAAUGACAUUUCAGUUUGAAAAGAAAACUGGAAGAUGGAGUUUCUGUCCUGAGUUGUUAGAAUUCCUGGAGCAUUUUGACGGUUCCCAUGGGGGCCAAAGAAGAGAAGAUUUAAUAUGGUGAUGUGUUGUCAUAAAACAUUUGAUUGUUUUUGCUGACUGGGAUUCUUUGAAGAUUUAGUCUGUUAUUGAUAAGAGAAACACUAAAGAACUCUUGGUUGUAUAUUUGGCUGCUCUCAUUUCGGCAAGUGUUUCAAUGUGUCAUUAGACAAAAGGUGCUCUACAACAGUUGGCUCUGACUGGAGACCAAAUUUCUCUCAAGUUGAUCCGUGAACUGCUUCUGUCGGAGAUGCUCUCUGCGCACACCAAUCUGGCCAGCAGACAAGCAGAUGUAUAACUGGAUUUCCUGAGUCAGCCAACGCUUUGGGCUAUAUUUAAGCACAAUCUUUCUAUGCUAUACCAAGCUCCAAAGGUUGUAGUUCUUUUUUCUUUUCUUUCCUUUCUUCCUUUUUUUUUUUUUAAAAUAAGAAUCAGUUCUUCCAGUGCCUUAAUUCUAUUAUUAGGCAAUAUGAGGAGGCAUCUACCUUCCUACCCACCUAUGAAAACAGUACCAUUUCUGGAUAUCUAUUUUUAUUUAUUUGUAUAUUGGUGAGAAUUGAUAAUAUGAUUUCCUCAUAAUUCAGGUUUUCAGGUGUUAUAAUUUGGAAAAGACCUAUCAGGCAUUUAGAGGUAAGAUUAUGGAUGCACAGGAAUAUCAACUCAUUAGAAGAAAAAGAUUUAUAACUUCAGUUUUCAUUCUAGAAUAUGCAGUAAUAUUCAGGCCCCAGUCUUUUCUGUCCAUUGCAUAAAAGUACAUCCUUUGAUGCUUGCAUACAUUUAAUAGAUCAUGCUCAAGUGUGUCAUGUUUGAGUUGUUAUUGUGAACAAGAAUUAAUGGCCACUUAUUUUAAUUUCCUUUAUUUCCAUCCCUAAGAAUGAGUCUACCAAGAGGGCUGAAAGAGAAGGUGGUUCUUGGCCCCUAGUGUUCUGUUAAUAGAUGAGAGAAGCAAUUUGUUCACUUUAUUUCACAGACUGUGCUCUGUGGUUUACGGCUCAGUUUUAUCUGGCCAACUUAAAACAUAAACCUCAUCCUUAACAGUUUUCUACAUACACUGGCUUUCUGUUUUUUCUGUUUUACUAGUACAUAAAACCAUUUCAGCAUAUCCAGUGGAAACAAAUAUUGUUUCUGUUGAACUAUCUGAAAUGAUUCCAUUCCUUAUUUACAAGAGUGUUCUAAGACUCUCAAAAUGUAAAAUAUUGUACAUUUUGAAGAGUUUCUUUGUAUACAAUAUGAGUAGGAUUAUGAUGAAUGCAGAGUCUGCACUGCCCCAUAAAAGGGCACUAGUGAAUGUGAUCAAGGCCGAAUUAUUUAGGACUUUGAAUGGGACAGAAGGCCUAGCCUCAGGUCAUCUUUCACAGUCAGUCUCGUACACUUCUAAGUUAAAUCAAAGUGUUUAUGAUAGUUGUAAGGUCAGAAUUUUACCUAAGUUGGGCCAAAAGGACAGUUCUUAAGCUUGCUGUCCCAAACCAUUUAUGUGUCUAUUUAUUUAACAUCCUCUGAAUGCCCAUGGGGUUCUGCGGCCCUGUACCAGAUGCUGAGAUACAGAAAGAAUAUUACUCCUUAAUUAAUAAAGUCUUGAUCUUUGUAUUUAUUUGGAGGUGGACUCCAAAUAAAUACACAGAUCAAGAAAUAAGUACCAUCCCCAAAUACAAAGAUGAAAGCUAUUUUUAUUAUAAGCAUCACCUAUUCUGCUCAUGCUUAUCUCAAGCAUAAAGGCAUAUUCCCCAUGAUCACAGUGCUUCUUUGGCAAUAAAAAUAAGUUUGUGUUUUUGAAACUGUGAAAAAUAAUAUCAGGUUGUACUGUUUCAUUUAAACCUAGACUUUGGCAGUGUUAGGCUGCUUGGACUCAAUCAAUGCCAAGAUGCAGCAUGUUAAUUGCAGCUGAGAAAGGAAGUGGCAGGUGUUUCCAACCCUGAUGAGCUGCAAUGAAAUUGAUGUUUUCUGCAUUCUGGAGGCAAAUGACAAUUCAGCAGUGUCUCUCUUCCCAGGAAGCAGAUUUACAGGCUUUUCCUUCCAAACUGAAAAUGGCAUCAUGCCCCACCCAGGUGGUUGAUCAGAGAACUACCUCAGCAGGGCAGAGGUGGCAGGGGGCAGCUGGGGCUGCCACAUCAACAGAGAGCAGCAGUCAUUGGAUGUGGUGAGCUCAAAUGUGGGAGUUUAUUGUAAUAAGAAAGUUCACAUACAGGGGAAAGUGUACGAUUUCAUCUGCUGUUUAUCUUCUAACCUCACUGCUGAGUAGCUUGUAAAAGAUUAAUUUGCUCCAACAAUUGGAAACUAUUCAUGUGGAUGGAAAUGUGUUAUUUGUGCACUGCUAUAGAUACUGAAAUGAACCAAAAAUAAAUGGUUUUGUGUCCCAGGAAUCAAAA